GAACUUCUCAUCAGGAAACACUUUGCCAAUCUGCGAUUGACGAUAUAGAUCCCAACAUUCGUUACUGCGCGUACGUGCUACGUUUGGGUUCAGAUGGCGCCUCGAGCGUAGAGGAUCUUGUUAAAAUGACUAUGGGAAAAAGUAAGGGUGUUGGUUUGGACUUGUUAGAGGCUGAAUCUGUCCUUGCUCAGUCGCGUCAAGAAAAAGCUGCAUCGUUGACCUCUAUAUCUUGGCGGGGCCGUAUUGUCCCACUAAGGAAUGCAAACCUUGCGAUUUGCAUCUUGAAAGCUCGCGAAGCUACGACAGACCUGGAGAAUGCUUCAGAUGCUGAUGCUGAAGAGGCGACUAAAAUGGAAAUGUUUGAUAAGCUUCUUGAAGCUUAUGGAGAUGCCGAAAGGUUCGCCAAGAAUGCCGUAAAGGAAGAUGCGGAUGCAACCGCGAAAGUUAAAUCUUCUAAAUCUGAAAAAAUUUCUGCGGAUCUGAAUUUUGUUUACAAUUAUGUGGCAUACAAUUAUCUGUGUCGUAGAAUUCAGCGUAAUUUGAUGCUUGUGGAUUCUCUUAAACAAUUGGAAACUCAAGAACAGUCUGGUACCAGGCUAGCUGGUGGAAAAUAUCAAGAUAUUGUAAAAUUGUAUGAUAACGUAUUGCAGAGCUUGAAUGAGAUCAAGGACCUUCCCGAGAUUCAAAAUGAUCCCUCUCUAUCUCAUGAAAUUGAUGCCAAGAUUUGGUAUUUCAAAGCCUGGCGGACUUUAUAUGUUGCAUCUGCUUAUUUCAUUUUGAACAAGGAAUUGGAGGCUAUUCUUUUAUACGAACGUGCGAACGAAUAUAAUUUGCAGGCAAGAAAAACUUUAUCUAGGAUAGAACCCGAUAAUGAUGACAUAUUACUUGUUACCGAAACAGACAUGGAAGUUUUGGAAAAACUCUUGAGGAGUCAUAAAUGCAGAGCCCGUGCAGCGUGGCAUCUUCAUCAUAUUGGGUCAGAUGAUUCUGACGUUACCAAGAAACUAGGCGAAUUAAAUAUUGACGAGAAAUCAAAAACUGAAAACAAAGAAGAUGAG